AUGUGUCGAUUCCUCAUCUACUCGGGCCAGAGCCCCAUCCUGCUCUCGCAUCUCAUCACCAGUCCGACGCACAGCAUCCUCACGCAGAGCUAUGAUUCCCGCCUCCGUCUCGACACCACGCGGCCGCACAAUGGGGACGGGUUCGGAGUGGGAUACUACACUUCCGGGCCCGUGAAGCGGAGGCGAAGAAGCAGCGAGGAAAGCGGAAAGGACAGGAAAGAGGAACUCGUCGAUCUCGGCCCGGAGCCGUGCAUCUUCACCUCGACGAUCCCGGCGUGGAAUUGCAGGAAUCUGGAACGGCUCGCGAGCAAGACGGUCUCGCCCUUGAUCUUUGCACACGUCCGGGCUUCGACGGAGGGUGCGUUGAGUGAUAGCAAUUGCCAUCCCUUCUCGCGCGGCGCGCUCAUGUGGAUGCACAACGGCGGCAUCGGGGGGUGGAAACUCGGCGUCAAGCGACGACUCGUGUCCUCCGUGCGGGACCGGUGGUUCGAGAGCGUACAGGGUUCCACGGACAGCGAGUGGGCGUUUGCGCUGUUCCUCGAUUCCCUCGAAGAGCUGGGUGUGGAUGCGGAUGAUGAAAUCAAGCAGCGGGAAGGGUUUGGGCAUGUCAUUCUGAGAAAGGGCAUGUUGAAGACGAUUGAGAGGAUCAAUGGGUUCAUCAAGAGUCUGCCGGGGGAUGUGCUGGAAGGACACGAUGUGAGGUCCCUGUUGAAUUUUGCCGUCACGGAUGGGAAGAGCGUGGUCUGCACGCGCUAUGUUUCGAGCAGAACUGACGAAGCGGCUUCUCUAUUCUUCUCCUCGGGCACCAAUUGGGUCGAACAGCCGCCUCCCUCCAGCACCCCGAACGCUUCUCGCAGACCUGCCGUUGGGAAAGGCGAAUAUAAGAUGGAACGCCGCGAUAAGGGAGCGGACAUUGUACUUGUUGCUUCGGAGCCUUUGACGUUUGAGAGGGACAAUUGGGUUACGGUACCGACGAAUAGUGUGCUCACGAUUCAUAACCAGAAUGUCUUGAUUCAUCCUAUUCUGGAUGAGUUCUAUUUGAGGGAGGCGGUGGUCGUGAGGAGUGAGAGGUAUGCGGCGGAUAAGGGCCAGAGUAUUGGGGAUCACGGGAUGACGGCUGGCUCGGCGGUGGUGAGGGACAGGGAGGGGGACUUGGAGAAAGGAGCGAUCGCAGGAGAAAUUGCAGCUUGA